AUUUGUUGUUUCCUUAAAGCAAACACUAUUCACGCUCUUCGCAUUCUCCGCCACCUUCUCAAUUCUCUGAUUCUCUUUUCAUCUUUGCGCCAAUCUUCAUGACGACGAAUACGCUCACCGGAGCAUCACUCUCUCUACGCUCUCUCUCUCCUCACUUCAAUCGCAGAUUGGCAUUUAAUUCAAUUGCUUUUCCAAGGUCUAGCUCAAUUUCAAGCAUUGGGAGAAGGAAUGUUUCUUUUAGCUUGCAGCCACGCUCAGUUCGUCUUAGAAUUUCCUGCGCUGCUAAACCUGGGACUGUAGAAAAGGUGUGCAAAAUAGUAAGGAAGCAGCUGGCUAUACCAGAUGACUCCACUGUUACUGGCGAGUCAAAAUUUGCAGCUCUUGGAGCUGAUUCACUUGACACGGUUGAGAUUGUGAUGGGGCUUGAGGAGGAAUUUGGUAUCAGUGUAGAAGAAGAUAGCGCACAGAGCAUCACAACAGUUCAGGAAGCGGCAGAUCUUAUUGAGGAGAUCAUCAGUAAACAGAGUCCUUAGAGUAAACAUGUACCAGAUGAAAAACAUCUCUAGUAGACAUGCUUAGUUAAACAUAUUAGUUGUGUCUUGACUCUUGAGUGUUUGAAUUGCAUAUUCUGCUGUUGCCUUGUUUCAUAGGUCUGAAAAGAAAAACAAAUUAGCGGGGGGAAUUAUACGAAGGUCGUGGUUUUUUGCAUUCGCAAGGGCUUGUAAAAUUAUGGCAAUGAUACUUACUGCUG